GUGGAGGGUCCUCUAAGUCAGCACGGGUACCUCCAGUCUUCUGUGGUUCGACUAGACGCGGCAGGGCUGUGAAUGCAGUCCAAGCCUGUUGCCUGCGCGGAUGCAUUGGGUUCGGUCACCAGCAGGGAUUCAAUGGUCGGGGCCGCUGAUCUCCAGGCAGUAGCCAAACGUGCUGGGCAAUUCUUCUGGCUGUGUCCGUCUGUUCAGCUUGGGCUCAAUUGACUUCUGCUACCGACUGAUCGAAUAUAAUACCUGCGGAACUCGACUUCUGCGCGUUCUCAACGAGCCUUGAGUAUACGAGGUUUGGAAAUCAAAGAGUCAUGAUCAGAAUUGGUAAAAACAAAGUCCGGACGGGAUGCUUUACGUGCAAGCGCAGAAGAGUCAAGUGCGACGAAUCGCGACCCAGCUGCAAUCGCUGCAUCAAGGCUGGUAAGCCUUGUGAAGGAUAUGCCAACGAUCCGGGGUCCGGUCGAGGGAGCGACCUCGUCAGAUUCGUCGUGUACACCCCCCACACUCCAACGCCUCUUUUGUCGGAGCAUCCAGACCUCGAUUGGUCCGAGCGGCGGGCGCUGAGCUACUUCCAAGAUCGGACUGCGUUGGAGCUUGCCGGCGCUUUCCAACCAGACUUCUGGCUAGCGACUAUUCUACCACUCGCAAGGCAGGAGAGCUCCAUCCGCCAUGCGCUCAUUGCCCUGAGCAGUAUGCACGAGCACUUUGCCGGCGUCGAUCAUUUCUCGCCUACGCGAGGCGUCGACUUUGCCCUGAACCAUUACGGCAAGGCUAUGCGAGACGUUGUCAAAUUUAACCAGAUCCGGUCGGAACAGGCUUUCGAUUAUGCCCUGGUCACGUGUGCCCUGUUCUCUGCCUUUGAGAGCCUUCAAGGACAGUAUCACGAGGCGUGCAACCAUGCCGCGUCAGGGAUCAAGAUCCUUGCCGAGGAGCAGCGAAGGCCGGGCUCCAAUGCAAAGCAAACGCUUGUCCCUCGUGAAGACCUCACGCGCUUCUUCAUCGCUUUGGGGAGACAAAUCAUGGAGAUUGGCGACCCGAACUUCCCGGGUCCAAGACCAGAGUUGUACCACACAGAGACAGAAAUGGCCAUGCCGGACCAAUUCACCUCCCACGAACACGCCUUGCGGCACAUGGAAUCCCUACUUGCAGAACUUGUCGAAUACGCCGAACGAGCUGACACCAUAGCGAAUGAAGGUCCCAUAUCAGACGAUGUGGCGCUUGCCCUCCUGACAGAAUUCCACGCGAUCAAGAUCCAAUUUGGGAAAUGGCAGGCUGCAUUCGAUAGGUUCUCUUCUGUCGAUUCGAACGAAUACUCCAAAGAGACACCUGACUCUUCCAGCUCGACAUCUUCAUCCCCGUCAGCCGAUCAUUCCAGACCACGGAGUCCCGCUUUUCUGAUUCUGAGAGCUUACCAGGCUCUCAUGAUCGCCUUUCUCGCACGGAUUGAAAUCAACGACGAAGCAGCAUUCAAUGAUUACGGGCCGCAGUUUUGGAUGGCCCUUGAAGCCGUCGAAGAGUUCAUCCGAUGUACUUCUACCUUUGUCAACCCGGUGGAUGGCAGGAAGUCGCCUCGCCCACCGCCAUCCGACCAGACGACCACAGCUUCGACCUCGAACGCGAGUUCGGCUUCACGAUCCCUCUCACAAUCGUCACCAUCGCAACAGCCCCUCAUUGUGCGACCGACAUUCUCCCUCGCCCUCGGAAUCGUGCCCACCCUCUUCCUCAUCGCAUCCCGAACCUUCGACAUACCGUUGCGCGAAAAGGCCCUUUCCCUUCUCCGGAUGUGCAACCGGCGCGAGGGCCUGUGGGACUCCCGCCUCGCCGCGAGCGUAGUCGAUCGUGUCAUCGAGUUGAGAGAUGAGGCGAGUAAGACGGGCUGUUCCCAACUUCCUACCGAUGCAGACAUGGACCACGCUACACAGACGACGGCGACAGCACCGAACCCAGAAGUCCAAGGGACAGAUAGUCGCUCCCCGGAUGUCGGAGGAAGGAGUGCCAACGCCGUGGAAUUCAAGCUGUUGGACAUCAAGUUCCUCCCGGGGAAGAGGUGCGUGUUUCGAUACGCAUUCGCUACGAAACACGGCCAGAGGGAAGGAACGCCCAUCCCGAUGCUGAGCACGGAGGUGCCGACUCACGUUCCCGGCGCAAGCGUUCACUCUCUAAGGGAGUUUUGGGAGGAGCUGCGAUGGGAAGAAUAGCGUGCCCCAAAAAACACGAGAAUGCUUUGUCGAGAUAAGACUACGAAAAUGAUACUCACGCGUGAUGUGUGCAUGUUCCUUCAUGUUUAAUCUUGCAUUGCGAGGGAGUAUAUUGGGGAUUACACGGGUUUAGUCUUUAUUCAGUACGCCUGCAAGCGGAAGAUUUGGCCUCUCUCAGAAAAUUCUCACGCAGUGCAAAUCCCUCAAAGACGGUACCCAUCUCUCCCUGUCUUCCAAUAUUCAGUACCAUCUUGGGCAGAUUAUCCUGUCGGAUAGCUAGUUGGACGAAAAAGCCGCAAUGAGAUAUUCCACACUCU